GAUUUUUUUCCUCCGUCCAAGAUAACCUACCUCCAAGACACACUGCUAACUCCAAGUGGACAUGCGUGCCAACUACAAUUAAAGCGCAAUGAGACUCUAUACAAAACGGUAGCAUAUACAAAUAGCGGGCAUGGCCCUCUCCGCACGAGUUCGUCGGCCUCUAGGCCAAAUCGCUUCUUGUGUACGGUGGCAAGCGACCCGGAACUGCCAGUCACUAUCCGCAACGGCGAAGAGGCCUUCUCCAAUCCACAUCGCAACGGCAAAUCAUAGGACACCUAAAUUCCCCAUAGUAGGCCUCCACACGACCGCCUCACGCCAUGCCGAUGAGGAAUCACGCCCAGCCGAUUUCGAUGCUUUGGAUGUGCUAGGCAACAUGCCAGUGCCGUCUACUUCGAUCGAGGCCUGCAUGCCAGACGGCUUCCACCUCAACAGCGGGGCGAAGAUCUUCGGCGGCUCUGGCGUGUUAUUAGUCGGCGGCGAGGCUUUCGGCUGGCGGCCGUGGCUAGCUCGCGGAGAGAAGCGGCUACUCAACAAGAAGGGGCAAUGGGAGGUGCCUAACGAUACAUUCGGCCUUCUCGGGCUGGUCUGGCCUCGACCAGAUCUAUUGAUACUUGGCCUAGGCCCAGAAAUCCGCCCUUUGAGUCCAGAAUUAAGGUGGCAUAUAAGCAAUCUGGGGAUGCGGGUCGAGAUUUUGGACACGCGUAACGCUGCGGCACAGUUCAACCUGCUAGCCACCGAGAGAGGUGUCGACGAUGUUGCGGCCGCGUUAAUACCCAUUGGUUGGAAAGAGGGAGUUGGGGCGAUUUGAUGGGCGGCGCACUCGGCUCUCGGGAGUGCUUGGGACUUUCAAAUUUUGGCGGCGACGAAUAAGCCGAAGGCACAGACACCGGCUGUUGAGGCAGCGGUUCUGAACCAUGACGGCCGAGACACGGGACGUGACGAUGGACGAGCCUAUGAAAAGCUCCUGUGAUAUGUUACCCAACACAUCCCAUAUCUACCUAUAUCGCUCAGGUUGGAGACGACCUCACUUACCAAAUUGUAAAUCCACAUGCGACUUUUGGUGUCUCUCACUCUGGAAACCACCAACAUAAGAAGGGGAGAUAAGGCCAGACCGAAGAUUCAACGACGAAAAUUCCCAUCGCAACGUCUCUUGUCACAGGCUAGGUGAUUCUCGUCGCUGAAGCGAUGGAAACUUCCAUGUAGUGUGUAUCAGACGAGGUACUAUCCGGCCCCGGUGUAAUCUAACACGGGCUCAAAGUAGGUACCUAGGUAUGUGAUCGGAUACCUAUAUAGGGACAUAAAAAAACCGGCUCCAAUUUGGAGUUGGAUUUGAUUCACCGGAACCAUUCAAGACUAGUCGUGAUAGGUUGUGGAUAGGCGUGCCUUGGAAUAUCAACGAAGGUAGGUAGGUAAAUAGGUAAAUACCUCUACGGGCUUGAACCCAUCGACGGAACUCAUGAGACAUCGGUCAGUGCCUAGAGGUGGGCUACCC